AUGCUUGUGAAAUCAAAUUUCUAUAAACAUUUACAACAAAAUAAAGAUGAAGAAUCAAGACAACAGCAUACAUCACCAUUACUACUAUUACCAGUGCCACUACCACCAGCACCACCACCACCACAACAACAACAACAACAAUACUUCGAUACAUCUCAAUUAGAUUAUGACUGUUACACUACUCAUUUAUUAAGUACACAUUCGGAUGAAAUGCCUAAACUAUCAAAUGAUAUCAAUCUAUCCAUUGAUAAAUAUUCUUUUUCUCCAAUGUUGAUUAGUCAAUUUCGUAAAAUGGCUAAAAAUAAAUUAUCCCAUUUAAAUCGUUGUUGUAUCUUGAAUACAAGUCGACCGCCUUCAAUACCUGAAGAAGUAGAAGAAGACGAAGAAGAAGAAGAAGAGGUGGAAGAAGAAAUGAUCGAGGAGGAAGAGAAUAACACAGAAGAAAAUUAUUUCGACAAUGAAACAAGGAAGCCAUCACAAAUGCCAAUGGAAGAAAAAAUUUAUCCAUUGAGUUUUUUAGAUGAAACAAGUCAACAAUCAGUCAAUAAUAAUUAUGCCGAGAAUGAUCAUAUCGAUGUAAUGAAAUCAAAUAAAGGAUUAUAUGAGAAUUAUCAAAGUAGAAAAUCAUCCAUUCAUCAUAAAAUUAUUUCAUGUAUUAAAGAUACACCAAUGCAUUGUAAUAAUCACUGGAAUAUCACCACUAGUCAUGACAGUGAUGUUGAUUUGGAUAUUUGUGAUCGUGGAAUUUAUUGGCCGGAAGAAUAUAAUCGAACGUCAUCUCAUGAUAAUACACAUUCUUAUUCUAAUGGUUAUUGUAACAAUAAUAAUAAUAUUGGGAGUAAUGCCAGUAUUCUCAUCAAAUCUGAACCAUUAUUCUGUACUACAGGAGCACAGACAAAAUCAAUCUAUAUUAAUAAAUACAAGAAAAAGAAAAGAAAUAAACGAAGAAAUUCGGUCAGUUUCGAUUUGUCGUCAACAUCAUUAUCAUCUGAUGAUUGCCAUUUCGCAGUAUCGAGUCAAUCUGAUUAUUCCGAUCAAAAUUGGUUUGGUUCUGGACGUAAUCUGUGGCUGGCAAAUAUUAAUGAAGAUAAUUAUUGUAAACAUAAUAGUGAUGAUAAGAACAAUAUAUUUUGUACAGAUUCAAAUUGUACCACUAAAUCUCAUACAAUCUUUGAUUCACUUACUUUAUGCUCAAGUUGUGACAGUUUAUACAAUAAUGAUAGCGGUAACAACAACAACAACAACAACCAUUCAGAUCAUCACCAUCAUUCUCAUUACCAAUGUACAAAUAAUAGUAAUACUAAUGAUAAUGUUGAUUCUUGGAAGGCAUCAAUUACACCUGUAACUGCUAGUCCACUUCCUUCUCAUCAUCAGCAUCAUCAUCAUCCUCAUUCUGUAACUGCCGCAUCUGAAUCAAUUCAAUGCAGAGAUAGCAGCAGUCAUUCUGUUUCACCGCUGCCUUUGAUUGUGAAUAGUAAUAAUAAUAAUAAUACUAGUGAAACUAAUACAAUCAGCAAUGCAAUUAGUAUUCAGUUAAAAAAUAACAACACUUCUCAGUCGAAUGUUUGUUUUGCUAGUUCUCCACGUGGUAAUACUGUUAUUACACAUCAUCCAGCCAGUCCUUUUGCACGUGUUCCUCGUUGUGUAGUAGGAAAAAGUGAAGUUAAUGUUAAAACUCCUAUCCAGUCAACAAAAUCUUCAGUAUCCAUGUCUAAUGUCUGCAUAACUUCUACCUUGACCAACACUACUACAAUUACAUGUAUUGACAAUUUUUCUACUAAUCAAAUUAUUCCUGUUACUAAUAUUUCUACAAAAAAUGAUUCAUCUUAUGUUUCAACUGAAAUUCAAUCAGAUUCUUCUGAUUGUUCUCUACAACGCCAAUCUAUUCAUGUCAUUGGUAAUCAACAGACAAAUCCUAUUUCCAGUGAAUCGAAUCAGCUGAUCAAUCUGUCUAAGACAGAUUUUAUGGAUUCACUAAAUUCAAUGAAUAAUCAAAUUAAUAAUUCACAUGGACUCGGUCGUAGACGUUCUAAUAUAUCCAAUCCUUAUCCAACUUAUGAAGAAGCUUGGGAUUUAAAAUUAGCUCGUCAACUUGGUAUCGGUGUAUCACGUUUACCAUCGAUUAUUCCGUUAUCAGCAAAUGUUCAAAAUCACAUUCCACCUUCCAUGCCUUUCAACACUUCUACAAAUACUGACAAUUCUAUUCCUAUCAAUAGUAAUGAUAAAACUAGAAAUAAUAAUGUAAAUUUCUCACCUUCUCAGUCUAUGUCAUUGAAUAACAAUAAUAAUAGACAAUGUUUAAACAGUGAUGAUUCGCAUUCGAUUGAAUCAAAUAUGAAAUUGUUAACUAUUUCAACAUUGGCAUCUUCUUCUAUUCCUUCAUGUACAAAUGAUGAUAAACUCAUAAAUUCAACUACUAAUUCUGAAUUAAUCUCAAUUAUAACUCCAAAUCCUGUGACUGAUCUAAAUCAUAAUGAUCAUGUGACUAUGGAUACGAAACUAGCACAGAAAUCAACUAAUGAUACAAAUGGUUCAUUUCGUCAUGAUGAACUAAUUAAAAAUCAUUCUAGUCAUAUGUCAAAUGGAAAAACUGAAAAUAACGGUGAAUAUGAUUACGCCUAUAAUGGUUCAUGGAGUAUGGGUGUCAAACUCAGUUUAGAUCUAACCAUCAAUAAUUCUUCAAACGAUACAUCUUUACUACCAAAUACACCAAAAUAUAGUAAUGCAACAACAACAACAACUGUCAAGUCAAAUUUAAAUCAUUCUUCACCUUCAUCACAUCAUCAACAACAUCAUAUAAAUUAUCCUCCUCCUCCUCCCCAUCAUCAUCAUCAUCCUAAUCAACUUAUGCAACAUGGUUUAUCUUCUUCUGGUCAAUUACAAGAGUCUAGUAAAUUUAUUUUCAUUAAAAAUACUACUGAUAAUGAUUUGAAAUUGAAUUCAACUACUCGUCCUGUACAAUCAAUUUUAUCUAACGAUUUCGAUAGUAUUUCUACAAGUAGUUGUGAUGAAUCAUGGGAUGCUCGACAUGGUCGAUUAGUAUCGGAACUAAUGAACGGUCGUUUUAUCGAUCCAACAGUUAUUAUUUCAACCACUGGUAAAUCUACAAAUGCAACGCCAACUACUGCGGUAAUGUCAGUGAAUAGUGAUUUCAUGACUUCCGAAAUUUGUAAUUCUUCCGGAACAAAUAUGCUUACAGUUCCUGCUUCAUCUUCUAACACUUCAUCAUGUUCGUCUUCCUCCUCUUCGUCGUCAUCAUCAUCAUCAUCAUCGGUAUCUACGACGUCACAUGUAAUUAUAACAUCCGCUGCUGCUCCUCCUCCUCCUCCUCAUUUAAUGAAUUCAGUUAGUAAGAAUAAAAUGUUAUCUAGUCAAAAUAAUCUACCUAAAGGUCUACCUCCUCAUUUGGAAACAUUACCACUUGAAGAGCAACCAUGGUUUCAUCCAACGCUAACAAGAUUGGAAGCUGAAGAGCUAAUACGCAAUGAACCAGAAGGUAGUUUUCUUGUUCGUCCCAGUGAAACAUGCCCUAAUGACUUUUCGUUAACUAUUAAGCACAAAUCCUUCCUACAUAUGAAAAUAACACGAAAUAGUACUGGUCAAUUUAUUCUAGGUGAAUAUAGUCAACCGUAUGCAAGUGUUUCACAAAUGAUUUAUCAUUAUGCACGAACACUUGUUCCAGUACUCGGUGCCUAUUCUGUUACACUGACGCAUCCUGUUUGUAAACGUAUCUAACCAUCUAUUAUAUUAUUUUGAUGUUGUUUAUGCUACUGCUUCAUUUCACUUCUGCCAAAUGCUGGUUCACCUUAGCUAUACUGUAUCAGAUUUUUUGUUCUUGUGAUGUUUUUUGUCGGUUGCUCGCUCGUCGUCUUCAUCGUUCUUCUGCUCCUAUUACUUCUGCCGCUUUAAUUGUUUGAUAUUUUAGUGAUAUAAAUCAUUUUUCAGCUGUAUACUUUGUUCUUUUUGUCUACUGCAUUCUUCUCUCUCUUCACUGAUCUUCAGCUGAUUAUCAUGUUUUCUUUUGAUUUUCUUACAGUUUCAUAUCACAUCAGCUUUCAUACUUAUUAGCGCCUGCUGAAUUGCGUUUAUUACAUUUUCAUCCUUUCCAUUCCAUUGUAUUGAUUGUUUGUAUAAUUUUUGUGUGCGUAAGGUAAUAUAUAUUUAUAUUGAUUGAUUCAUUGUAUAUGGUUUUUUUUACUUUAUCUGUGUACACUAAUCAUCAUCACCUGCUUCGUCUACGCAUAUUCUACUUAGCAAUUUUUCUUCCAACCCUGUUUGCAUUGUAAAUCUUGUAAAUCGUGCGUAACAUUGUCUUUCUGUAUUAUUUCAAGAAAUUUUUUUCGAUUGUUAUGUUUUUUUUUAUUAUUUUGCUUAUUCUCGAGUUGAACAGUCAUAAUAAAGUUAACAAAUAUCCUCUCACAAAAUUCCACUGCCUACAUCUUAUUAUUAUUAUUAUUAUCGUAAAUCGCUGUUAUAUAAUAAAAUUUUCAAUUUUUAUUUGUUUUCUAUUGACUAACUCUCAUCUUCUCUCUUUUUUUAAAUAUGCUUACAACGUCAAUUUUAUUCUUAUUUUUUCUUCAACGAUUAUAUCGACAUCAUUGACAAUUACUACUACUACUGUGAAUGCUUAGUAGCAUGUUUAGUUAUUUGAAAAAAAGUGUUCACAUUCGUCGUGACACGUCUUUAUUCCUCGAAAACAUAUUCAUAGAAAUAUUUUCUUACAUUUCUUGAAAGAUAAUUAUGCUUUUUCUGUAAAUUUAUGUUCUAUAAAGAAAAAUAAUAUUAAUAAUAGCGAACUCUAUCGUUAUCCUUCAAUUUAUACACCAUUUUUGGGCUGAGUGGUGAACAGGACCUUUUUUUCUUUGUUUUUUCUUAACCGUUGAACAUAUUCUGCUGCUGCGCAAUACUUAACAGUAUUUAUUGUUAUUAUGAUUAUGAUUAUACAAGGAUGAAAUUCAUCACUGUUGCCAUUUAUUUACAGUUUAUCUUUUCAUUCUAUUAUUCAAUAUCUAUGAUAAUAAUAAUGACUGUUAUUAUUAUUAUUAUUAUUGUUAUUAUUAUUAUUAUUGAUUAUAUCAGAUUUUCUUAUUUAUUUUAAAUCGAUAAAUUGUGUUGAAUAGUCUUUGCAUCAUUUGAUUGUUCUUUCUGUUGUAUAGACUAGUUGUUAGUGAUGAACAACUAACUAACAACUACACAGGAU